AUGGCUCAUCUUUUCAGAGAGCUCUCACUGGGCCAUUCGAAGAGAGGGUCCCACUCCAACGGCGCCACCGCACUGACGAUACCUCCCAAGCCAACCGCCACCACGGCCGCCGAUCUCCCGUCCCCAUUGGGCCAGCUCUCGGCUCACCUCACCGAUUCGGAGCUCCGGCUCACCGCCUACGAGAUCUUCGUCGCCGCCUGCCGCACCUCCACCGGGAAAGCCCUCACGUUCGUCUCGUCCGACUCGCCGACUCAGCAGCACAGCGCCGCCGGCUCGCCCGGCUCGCCGGCGCUGCAGAGAUCGCUCACUUCCGCGGCGGCGAGUAAGAUGAAGAAGGCAUUGGGGCUUAAAUCGCCGGGAAGUUCCGGGUCGAAGAAGAGCCCCGGGUCCGGGUCCGGGUCGGGGCCCGGGAAGUCCAAGCGGGCUAUGACGGUGGGGGAGCUGAUGAGGAUCCAAAUGGGGAUUUCUGAGGCUAUGGACUCCAGAGUCAGGAGAGCUCUGCUUCGAAUUUCAGCUGGACAGGUAGGAAGGCGAAUUGAGUCGGUGGUAGUCCCACUGGAGCUGUUACAGCAGCUCAAGUCGUCUGAUUUUACUGACCCGCAAGAACACGAAGAAUGGCAGAAGAGAACCCUCAAAAUUCUUGAGGCUGGUCUGCUUUUGCAUCCCUAUGUGCCGCUGGACAAGUCCAAUAGCGCUGCACAGCGGCUACGACAGAUUAUACAUGGAGCAUUGGAUAGGCCAUUUGAGACGGGGAGAAAUAAUGAGUCCAUGCAGGUUCUUCGUAGUGCUGUUACGGCUCUUGCUUCGAGGUCAUCUGAUGGCGUUUAUGAUACGUCCCACUGGGCUGAUGGGUUACCAUUGAAUCUCCGCAUUUAUGAAAUGCUGCUCCAAGCUGUGUUUGAUACUCAGGAUGAGACAUCUGUAAUAGAGGAAGUGGACGAGCUAAUGGAGCAUAUUAAGAAGACCUGGUCAAUCCUUGGACUUAACCAGAUGUUCCACAACCUUUGCUUUACCUGGGUUUUGUUUAACCGUUUUGUUGCUACUGGUCAAGUUGAAUUGGACCUGUUGUAUGCUGCUGAUACGCAGCUAGCCGAGGUUGCUAAAGAUGCAAAGGCAACAAAGGAUCCCCAGUACUGCAAGAUCUUGAGUUCGACUUUGACUUCAAUUAUGGGUUGGGCAGAGAAGAGACUCCUAGCCUAUCAUGACACUUUUGAUAGCAGUAAUAUUGAUACCAUGCAGGCCAUUGUUUCUCUGGGAGUAGUAGCAGCUAAGAUCCUAGUUGAAGACAUAUCAAAUGAGUACCGCAGGAGGAGAAAAAAUGAAGUUGACGUUGCUCGCAACAGGAUUGACACUUACAUUAGAUCAUCAUUGCGAACUGCUUUUGCUCAGAGAAUGGAGAUGGCAGAUUCUAGCCGGAGAGCAUCAAGAAACCAGCCUAAUCCCCUUCCUGUACUGGCCAUCCUUGCAAUGGAUGUUGGUGAGCUGGCAAUAAAAGAGAAGCAAUUAUUCAGUCCAAUACUAAAGAUAUGGCACCCUUUUGCUGCCGGUGUGGCCGUGGCAACUCUUCAUGCUUGCUAUGCGAAUGAAAUUAAACAGUUCAUCUCGGGUAUAGCAGAGUUGACACCAGAUGCUGUACAAGUUUUGAGAGCUGCAGAUAAGCUGGAGAAAGAUCUUGUGCUCAUAGCAGUUGAGGAUUCUGUGGACAGUGAUGAUGGUGGCAAGGCUAUUAUUCGUGAGAUGCCUCCUUAUGAGGCUGAAGCUGCAAUUGCAAAUCUGGUUAAAGUGUGGAUCAAGACAAGAGUGGACAGACUUAAAGAAUGGAUUGAUAGGAACCUGCAACAAGAGGAAUGGAAUCCCCCAGCAAAUGAAGAUGGAUAUGCUCCAUCUGCUGUUGAAGUUUUGCGAACUUUUGAUGAGACUCUGGUUGCAUUCUUUCAGCUACCAAUACCAAUGCAUCCUGCGUUGCUUCCUGAUUUGAUGGCUGGCCUUGAUAGAUGUCUUCAAUAUUAUGUAACCAAGGCAAAAUCUGGAUGUGGAUCACGUAAUACAUUUGUUCCGACUAUGCCUGCAUUAACCAGAUGCACUAUGGAAUCAAAGUUCCAAGGCUUUGGCAAAAAGAAAGAAAAAUCGCCAACUUCUCAGAAGAGGAAUUCUCAGGUUGCAACAGUCAAUGGGGAUAACUCUUUUGGGAUACCACAGUUGCUUUGUCGCAUAAACACAUUGCAAAGAAUCCGCAGUGAGUUAGAAGUUUUGGAGAAACGGAUUGUUACUCAUCUGAGAAAUUCUGAAUCUGCUCAUGUAGAAGACUUUUCGAAUGGACCGGGGAAGAAGUUUGAGCUCUCACCUGGGGCUUGUGUGGAGGUAAUCACACAACUUUGUGAGGCAGUAGCUUAUAAAAUGGUCUUCCAUGACCUCAGUCAUGUUCUGUGGGAUGGUUUGUAUGUUGGAGAACCAUCAUCUUCUAGAAUAGAGCCUUUCCUUGACGAGCUGGAAAAGAACCUACUUAUCAUAUCAAACACAGUACAUGAAAGAGUACGUACACGCAUUAUUACUGACAUAAUGAGAGCUUCCUUUGAUGGGUUCUUGCUGGUUUUGCUUGCCGGAGGCCCGUCUCGUGUAUUCUCCCGGAAGGAUUCUCAAAUAAUAGAAGACGACUUCAAGUCGCUUAAAGAUCUGUUCUGGGCAAAUGGGGAUGGCUUGCCUUCUGAAUUGAUAGAUAAGUAUACAACUACAGUGAGAGGUGUACUUCCCCUUUUCAGAACUGAUACUGAGAGCCUCAUUGAACGGUUUAGACGUGUGACCUUGGAGUCAUAUGGCUCUUCUGCCAGGUCCAGACUCCCUUUACCCCCUACUUCUGGGCAGUGGAAUCCGACUGAACCAAACACGCUCCUCCGUGUGUUGUGCUAUAGAAAUGAUGAAGCAGCUUCUAAGUUUCUUAAGAAGACCUACAAUUUGCCCAAGAAACUGUAAAUCUUGUAGCAUGAUGCAUCAUGGAAAGAGGCUACUGAGGGAUGGCUUUCCGGCAUAGUUCUCUUGGACAGUGCUUGUUUCUGGUGUAUUAGUGAAGAUCACCCUGGUGAGAUGCUCGUUGUUUCAAUUCAUUUGUGAGCAGGAGGGGAAGAACGUUUGCCAUAUGAAGUGGUCAGUGAUCUUGUAUAGUAAAUUGUUAAGGAUUUGGUUAAUCCAGCGGUGACUAAAAGUUUGGAGCAGACGAAUCUAAAAAACCGCAGACUUCUACACACAUACUUUUGAGGAAUGAUGGGUAGUUUACUUUUCUCUUAUCGGCUAUAUGAUCUCAUUCGGGCUAUUCUUUUUAAUGUCCUAUUGCACAGCCAAUUUUUUUCCCCUCUCUUUUCCUUUAGUUUGUCAGGUGAGAGUAUUCAAUUCCAUUUUGUUUGUUUUGGUGUUGGUAUAUAGAAUCAUUAUGUUUGAUCUUACUACUAUAUCACAGUAUCACAGAAGGAAUAAAAGUUAUGUAAUGUAAGGCAAACGUGGACUGCA